AUGUGUCCGGCGGCGUGGCGAGGUACUUACACAAGCGGGCAUGUGGGUAGACCGUCUUUGAUCCUUCAGGCUGUAGCAUCAAACAAUCUAUGGAUUUGGAAUGCGUACUUUGGACAGCAAGGUUCUCACAACGAUAUCAAUGUGUUCAAAGCAUCGCCAAUUCUUGAAGAAAUUGUAAACGGAUUGGCACCCACUGCUUCGUUUUGGGUAAACGGAAACUAUUACCAGAAGGGAUACUAUUUGGGCGACGGCAUCUAUCCCGAGUAUGCUACAUUUGUGAAGACCUUUUCCGACCCGAUCGAUGAAAAAAGAAGACAUUUUAAGAAGAAACAAGAGUCGGCACAAAAGGGUAUUGAGCGGGCUUUCGGUGUGCUUAAAAAAUGA